CCUCUGCAUUUCACACAUCCUUUAAUGCCAAUGGAGAAACUUAACCUGUUAUGCCUUUGAUUAACAGAAACCAUGAUUAUCCUGGAGGAAACCCACCCACACACAAGGAGGACAUGCAAAUGCUGCACAGAAAUCCUAUCAAACUUUGGAAAAAAUCAAGUACAGGGAUUGCCAAGUGGUAGCUCAGGAGAUUCCAGUAGCUCUCUGCCCCCUUCUAAGUAGCUCCCCAAGGGAUUUCUGAAUCAUACGUGUUAUGCUGACUAACUAAAAUUUGAUAAAACACCAUUGUAAAAGAAUAUGUUUCAUAGGCAUCUACCUGUAUCCCAUCUAAGGCCGUGGCUCUUAUUUACUCAAUCUCAUGCAGCCACUAAAAUCAGUAACUCUCUGACAUUUUUAUUCUGUAAAGGAGCCCACUGGAGGAAAAGCUUGGAGAACCCUGAUCUAGUACUUUCGAGCACUGGGAUGGAUGACAUAGACGUGAUGUUCAGUCACUUGCUCGAGGAGAUGGAUGAUCUGACUCAGAGCCUGGUCCAGUCGGCGGACACUGCCGCUGAUGCACAGACUAACUCCUCUGGAGCUUCAGAUCUCAAUGAGCCUCUGAAUAACUUGGAUAAAUCAGAGUCAGAUCAUCUUUUGGCUCAACCAGAAGAAACUCUGCCAGUAGACAACCAAACUGCUCCAUCUGACCCACCUCUUCCUUCAGCAUCGUCUGUUACAUUAGCAUCACCAACAACUCUUGCAAUGCUCAAACUUGAACCAAUGGAAGUUCAAAAUGAAUCGCCAGCACCAAAACUCACAAUGCCGCAAACAGCAAACAAUGAAAAGCCACCCCAAACAAUUAUAAAGGUGUGGAUGUCAGAUGGCAGUACCAAGACCUUGAUGGUGGAGGGGACACAGACAGUAAGAGACGUUCUGGACAAACUGUUUGAGAAAACUUACUGUGACUGCGCCACAGAAUGGAGCCUGUGUGAAAUCAACCAGGAACUGCACGUCGAGAGGAUUUUGGAGGACCAUGAGUGUUUUGUGGAGUCUCUCUCAAUGUGGUCAAGUGUGACUGACAACAAACUGUAUUUCCUGAAAAGACCUCAGAAAUAUGUGAUCUUUACACAGCCCCAAUUCUUUUACAUGUGGAAGAGGUCAAGUUUGAAAGCCAUAUCUGAGCAAGAGCAACAACUUUUACUUAAGGAGAACUUUGGAGGUUUGACAGCUGUAGUUCCUGAUCUUGAAGGCUGGUUGUACCUAAAGGAUGAUGGGAGGAAAGUGUGGAAGCCACGUUACUUUGUGCUCAGAGCAUCAGGGCUCUACUAUGUGCCCAAAGGAAAGACCAAGUCUUCCAGUGACUUGGCCUGCUUCGUCCGUUUUGAACAAGUGAACGUGUACUCAGCUGACGGCCACAGAAUCAGAUACAGAGCCCCCACAGACUACUGCUUUGUACUGAAGCAUCCUUGCAUCCAGAAAGAGUCUCAGUAUGUUAAGUUCCUUUGUUGUGAAAAUGAAGACACUGUGCUGCUUUGGGUCAAUUCCAUAAGGAUAGCCAAGUAUGGGACAGUCCUCUAUGAGAACUACAAGACUGCACUAAAAAGAGCACAGCAUCCACCAGAUCGAUGCUCCACCAGCUCAGACAACCUCAAUAGUCAAAUCGGCCAGUCUGCUCCUACUCCGGAUGAAUGCAUAGAACAAGAUGAGCCUCCACCAGACUUCAUUCCCCCUCCUCCCCCUGGAUACAUGGCAAUACUUUGAGAAAUAAAAAAAUACAUUCAAAUA